CUGCGACUACGAAGUACGAGUGCCGCGAGCGCUAUCAAGUAUCAAUGCCAAUAAGGUUAUCGUUUACCUAACACAGAACACUGGCUAAGGCCUAAGAUGUAUCUAUGUUAUAAUGCGCUGUUGUUUGCUAAAUUACAUCAAGGUCAUUUUAUCUCGGUUGUCUCAGAUAAACACAAGUGUUUUAUUGACUGUAUAAGACAAACCAUAUCUAUAUUCUUAUAGUACUGAGCCAGUUUCAUAACAUUAUCCUGCAUAUACAUAGAAAGGUGCAAUAUAUUGUAAAAUGAAUGGAGAUGUAUAUUUUGUUGGUGUUGAUGUGGGCUCUGGAAGUGUCCGAGCAGCACUUGUGGACCGUAAAGGUCAUGUAAUUAGGACCUCCGUGCAGGAAAUAAAAACAUGGAAACCGAAAGUUGACUAUUAUGAACAAUCAUCGAACAACAUCUGGACCUGUUGUUUGACUGUUAUUAAGGAUGUACUUACAAAUGUUGAUUCCAGUGGUGUUCGCGGCAUUGGCUUUGAUGCAACAUGCUCUUUAGUGGCUUUAGAUAAAAACGGGAAUCCUACAGCGGUCAGUGAAUCUGAUAAUAAUGAACAGAAUAUUAUAAUGUGGAUGGACCACAGAGCAGAGGCUGAGGCAAAUAUUAUAAACAAAAAAAAUCAUGACCUACUCAAAUAUGUUGGUGGCAAAGUCAGCUUAGAAAUGGAGAUGCCCAAACUCCUGUGGCUCAAAAGAAAUUUGCCAAAUAAAUGGUCAGAAUUUGGGUACUUUUAUGAUCUUCCUGAUUUUCUGACAUGGAAAGCUACAGGGUCAAUGAGUAGAUCAUUGUGUUCCUUAGUUUGUAAAUGGAAUUAUGAAUGUUCUACUGAUGGAAAACAGGGUUGGAAUUUAGAAUUUUUAAAUGAAAUAGGUUUAGAAGAUUUAGCUGAAAACAAUUUCAGUAAAAUUGGCAACACUGUAUUGUCUCCUGGAGAGUACUGUGGAGGUCUUUUACCUGAUGUUGCCAGUGUACUUGGAUUACAACCAGGCACACCGGUUGCUGCUUCCAUAAUAGAUGCUCAUGCAGGAGGUCUUGGAAUGAUUGGAUCUCAUGGUGAAGGCAUUGACAAAGAGAUGUCAACACGUUUAGGGCUGAUUUGUGGUACAUCAACAUGUCAUAUGGCUGUAAACAAGAAACCUGUUAUGGUACAAGGAGUGUGGGGGCCCUAUUUCAGUGCUAUGGUCCCAGGAAUGUGGUUAAAUGAAGCUGGACAAAGUGCCUCAGGGAUGUUGCUUGAUCAUAUUCUGUCCAGUCAUCCAGCCGGUAUUGAACUCUUAAAAAUAAAAUCUACUGGAGAUGUUAGACUAUAUCUGAGGGACCUGCUUACAACAAUGGCUCAAAGAGAAGGAUUGUCUGAUGUCAAUUUCUUAACAAAGGAUAUACAUAUGCUUCCAGACUUCCAUGGAAACAGGUCACCAUUGGCUGAUCCCACACUGAGAGGCAUGAUUUCAGGAUUGUGUAUUGACCACAGUGCUGAGAACUUGGCAUUGCUCUAUCUAGCUACUUUGCAGGCUUUAUCGUAUGGCACAAGACAUAUAAUUGAUGCACUUCUCUUGGCUGGCUAUGAACCAUUCAAAACUUUAUUAAUAUGUGGAGGAUUAUCAAAAGAUCCACUUUUUGUGCAGACCCAAGCUGACGUUGUGAACAUGCCAAUUCUAAUGCCACGUGAAAAGGACUCAGUUCUAGUUGGUUCAGCAAUAUUAGGAGCCUGUGCAUCCAAAUAUUUCAAUACUGUACAUGAUGCUAUUGUAAACAUGGGUGGAAUUGCUGAUGUCAUACAUCCUAUGGAAAAUACAAAAUCAUUUCAUAAGAAAAAGUACAGGGUGUUUCUUAAAAUGUUCCAAGAUCAAAUGAAAUACAGGACACUGAUGCACUGAAGCUUUUUAAACUCUUUUAGAACAAACGUGUAUUGUUAUUUUUUACAUAAUAUAAUUUCAGUUGAAUAUAUUUUUUUAUAAUUAUGAAA